AUGCCUUACCCGCUAUCUAGGGGCGCCACGCAGAACGGUAACGUCGAUCGGGAGAUCACUCGUCUGCCAGAUACAGAGUCUCUCGAGCCACAAUCCCGCAUGGAAAAUGCACAUCUACCGACCCACCGGAUCUCCUCAUUAAGGCAUAGGAUAGGGCUCCCUGCUGAUGGGGAUACAAUAAAUCUGUGGGAAGAUGCAGACGCACGAGACAGCUUUGAUUGGACACUCAAACUUGCCAUUGAUCCAUUGGCUUUACACGCUCAAGCUAUCCAUACCGAAGACGCAAAAAUUGACAGCGAAAUGGACGCUUCUGGCAUCGACCCUUGGGAUCGACGAACCAACCAUAAAGCUGCAAAGAGCGUAACUGAGAAUACGCUAGAGUCCAUACUUGGCCUUGGACAUACUUUGCUGACGUUCAUCGGCACAUGCCAUCCCGUCUACUUCCCACAAAGAGAAAACCAGACUUACGGCAAAACAGUAACGACCGGUAUGAUCGCACACCACCGCUUCAGCUUGUCAUCAUUGGGCGAAGAUGUUAAAUCCAAAUUGAUCGAAAAUGAUAUUUUUGCGAGGUUCAGAACUGUCGGGUUCACAAUGAAAUUAUUAAACCCAAGUUCCCUGUACCAGCGUGUCAAGGAAGAUAUGUUGCAAGCUAAUGAGGGUGUGCGAGAAGGCGAGAAAAGCACAAUUCCCAUAACGGCAGUGAAUGACCUGAUAGAAUUCAGAUAUCAGACGUCUGAAACGAAACAGCAAUUCGAAUUGAUGUGGGACCUGACACCCGAAAGAACACAAGUCUUACCGAACUACGAGUCUGAUGGGAGUGUAGAAACGCUGAGACAGGCAUUGAAUGGCAGCAUGUCGACAAUAAUAGGGGUGACGAGUGUGAGUACGGUCGCUGAUGAUAUAUCCUGGUAUGUACAAUCUCAGGCGAGGCUUCGAGAGCAAGCAGAGACCCGACAACGAAUCGAACGUGAAAGCCAGAUACACGACUUCUUAGCGUCAAUACAGGAGGUCAAUAAUCCCGGUUGCUCCGAGGGCCUUUCGACAAGAAGAGCGAUCAUUGCCCAAGCGGAAUCUGAGUAUCGAGGUAGCCAAUAUGGAUGGCUUACUGAUAUUCAGGAAUUUUGGAGGUGA